GUUGUUUUUAUGAUUAAACUUAUCACAAUCAAAUAAACAACGUGUGUUUGAUCUAAAGUGCCAAUUAUCUAAUUUGUUUGGUUGGUACACACAUAAGUGUGAUAAGAUGGCAUCGCAGACACCCCCCAUCAUCCACUUCUUCAGAUGCAACCUUUGCCCUUACAGGAGCAAAUUUGAAACAACAAUAAAACAACAUUCAAAACUGCACAAAGUGAAAAAACCUUUCAGUUGUUCCCAACCACUGGAUCAGAAAAUGGCAAAAACCAAACCGAAAUGGCGUUUCAAAAUCAAGCUGAAACAACCCAAAAAACCGUUCAAUUGUCAGCUGUGCCCAUACAAUGCUACUAAAAAGGAGUAUUUAACCAGACACAUCCUACACACACAUAUGCCACUGGAAAAUGUUGAGUGGUUUCAAUGUCCAUUUUGUGAGCACAAAUCCAAACGCAAGUAUAAUUUAAAGAUGCACAUUGCCAGACACCAGAAUUAGCGCCAUCUGGUGGCCGGAAGUCGGCAAUUUGGCCGCCUUAAGAGUUGUUAACUUGUUAAGUAAUUCGUUUAAUAAAAUUUUUUAUUUGCUUAUUACCAGACUUAGUAUCAUUCAAUUUGUGGGCUCUUUGACUUCUUAUCGUUGACACUAUGUCAGCUAUUAUUUAAUUACUGUGAUUAAAAUAUCAAUUAUUGAGGUAUAGGGGAGAGGCGGGACGCGCAAAGUGUUAUAGUAUUGCCAAAACUCUUUUGACCAGUAAAGGUGUUUUUGUGCCUUUGAUUGGUCCUCAAAGGGGUGAUAAAACGUCAAUUUGUCCGACUCAGAAAGUUGAUAAACGCCAAAAAAUUAAGUUUUUACCCACCAUCCCCUAGAUUUUGAAACGGAAUUGGCGACUUGUUUAUUUGAAGACAUUAAGAAAUAAAAGAUAAAUUUUUAUCCACAUCAAGUGAAAUUUUCAGUAAUGACUUGACUUUUGUUACGCUACGAUUUCAAGAUGUUCCUCAUCUAUGUUGCAAGUUUUUUCCUCCUGCUUUACUACAUUUACGCCAAAAAUUACAAUUAUUGGCAGUCGAGAAACGUCCCUACCGACAAGCCCUUCCUCUGCUUUGGCAGUUUCUACAACAUCGCUGUGCGCAAAGAGCACAUUUUUGAGCGAAUCCGCACCAUUUACAAUCAAUUUUCGACCCCCUAUGUCGGCAUUUACAUUUUCCACCAGCCGGUGUUGCUGAUCCGGAGUCCGGAAAUCCUCCGGAAGGUGCUCGUCAAAGACUUCGACAAGUUCACCAAUCGGAAUAUUGCCACGAACGAGGCUGCCGAUCCGUUGGCUUUCCACACACUUUUCAUCUCCAAAGAUGCAGUCUGGAGAAGUCUCCGGGCGAAAUUAUCCCCGGUUUUCACUUCCGGAAAAAUGAAGUUGAUGUUUCCGUUAAUGCAGGAGUGUGUCGAUGACUUGCACCGGUUUUUGGGGGAAAACACCGAAGAAAUUGACGUGAAAAUAACAAUGAAGAAAUAUUCUGUUGAUAUAAUCUCCACAUGUGCCUUUGGGAUUAACACCUAUUGUUUCCAGAAUGACAAUUCUGAAAUUUUGAAAAUGGCGACUCAAUUAGUUGAUUUCAAAUCGCUGAUUCGGAGUAUCUCGAUUUUCAGUUUCUUUUUCAUGCCGAGUUUCGUGGAUAUUUUUAGACUGACUUUCGCCGAUAAAACAGCCUCGGAUUAUCUCUUAAACGUGUUUAAAACAACACUUCAAGAGAGAGAAAAAAAGAAAAUUAUCAGAAACGACUUUAUUGACCUUUUGAAUAAUUUGCGCAAAACUGAAACAAUCACCGAUGGUUACAAAUUCGAUAAUGACAUCAAAAUGGCCGCUCAAGCUAUAGCCUUUUUCUCGGCCGGAAACGACACCACUUCAAUCACACUAGCCUUGACAUGUUACGAAUUAGCUUUAAAUAAAACAAUACAAGAUCGUUUAAGACAGGAAGUGACGGAAAUCUACAACGAAAGUGAAGCUUUCACUUAUGAAAAUAUUCAGCAUAUGAAAUAUCUCGACAUGGUUUUGAAUGAGACGUUGCGGAAGUACCCCCUCGCGCCAUUUUUAAACCGGAAAUCGGACGUCAAAUACACGUUCGAAGAGACCGGUUUUACACUAGAUAAAGGAGUUUCGAUUAUUGUGCCGAUUUCAGGCCUACACUACGAUCCUGAGUAUUAUCCUGAUCCUGAGAAAUAUGAUCCUGAGCGGUUCAGUGACGAAAAUAAGAAAAAUCUGACGCCGUAUACGUAUUUGCCGUUUGGGGAAGGACCGAGAAAUUGCAUCGGUCAAAGAUUCGCGUUAUUGGUCAGUAAAGUGGCGUUAGCAUCGAUUGUUAAAGAUUUUGUUUUUGAUGUGACGAAGCGGACCCCUGUGCCGCUCCGUUUCGAUCCUGGCUCGCUUUUCGUGCAAAACAGGGGCGGACUCUAUUUGAAAGUCUCCAAAGUGCAGUAGUCUACGCCACUGGAUUUACUGUCAAUAAAAAUGUAAUUUACUGUCAAAAUUGACGUAACCUUAGCCACACACCAUCAAUUCAUUUUUAAUAAAGUAACUGAGUCCCAAAACAA